GCUUCCAUUUCUGAACUGAAGCGACGCCGCCGCCGCGUAGAGUCCUCGCCUUUUUUAUACUCAUUUAAGUAAAUAAAGCGGCUCUGUGCCGUAAACAGGACUCUUGCUUUAAGGCAGCGAGGGAAACAGCAGUUUGGUCCAUCGUGGUGUGCCGUUGGAGUAGUGGCUGGGACUGUAGCUAGCAUUUUAUUCCCCAUUUUAACUUUACUAAGCGGCGUUUUCCGCCGUUUUUUCCCUUCCGCCGCCCCGCGCCUCCCCCCGCGUGCGUGAGUAGCGGCCUGCAGCGUUGGUUCGGCCACGAGGCGCGUCGGUUCAGUCGGAUCAGGGCGAUGGCGGAGUUCGGUAACGGACUGGCGGAGGAAUCCCUACUGGACUCAGACCCCGGACAUCCCGAGCUGGAAGACCCGGGAGUCGGAGACGAGGAGCCGGGGUUAGAGGAGGGAGAGGCCGCCAUUGAGGACCCGGAGCUGGAGGCAAUCAAAGCCCGGGUGAGAGAGAUGGAGGAAGAGGCAGAGAAGCUGAAGGAGCUCCAGAACGAGGUGGAGAAACAGAUGAAUCUCAGCCCCCCACCAGUCGGCCCUGUCAUCAUGUCCAUCGAGGAAAAGAUGGAAGCAGAUGGCAGGUCUAUUUAUGUCGGAAACGUGGACUACGGCGCCACGGCAGAAGAGCUGGAGGCUCACUUCCAUGGCUGCGGUUCAGUAAACAGAGUCACCAUCCUAUGUGACAAAUACACAGGGCAUCCCAAAGGGUUUGCCUAUAUUGAGUUUGCAGACAAAGAGUCUGUUAGGACAGCCAUGGCUUUGGACGAGUCCCUUUUCAGAGGAAGGCAGAUAAAGGUGGGCGCUAAGAGAACAAACAGACCAGGCAUCAGCACCACAGACCGCGGCUUCCCGCGGGCUCGCUUCCGGUCACGGGGAGGAAGCUUUUCGUCGCGUGCACGCUACUACAGCGGCUACACGCCACCCAGAGGCAGAGGACGGGCCUUCAGGUUUCAGGACCAGUGGAGGCUGACGACCCCCCCCCAGGUGGCGCCGGCCCCCCCCACGGUCUCCGCGGCGUCUCUUUCUCUCUCGGCCCCCGCUAUGCACACUCACCCCAUCCUGUCCGUGUGGGGGGGCGGGGGAGGGGGGCAGGGCGACCACCGGCCCGCCGCGGGGGGCAUUUACUACAACAGCAAACGCUGAUGAUGCUUUUAGUCCCUUUCACAUUUACACACACACACACACACACACACACACACACACACACACACACACACCUGUUGAACACACUGCAGUACACGGCACUUACCAGGCAGCCAAACAUGAUUUAUAUACGAGAGCUGAAGCCGACAUGGCGAGUGGCGGCAGGUUUGCGUAGGAAGGACCAGAGGAGGGGUCGGACCUGACGGCGCCCCCUUCCUCC